AUGCAAGAAAACGAAACUUUGAGAGAAUUCGUGAAGCGUUUCGGACAAGCUGUCCUACAAGUCGAAUCGUAUAGCAUGGACGCAAUCCUCCAAAUUUUUAAGCGAAGCAUAUGCCCAGGGACCCCCUUCUUCGAGUUCAUCGCCAAAAAACCUCUGACAACCAUGGACAAAUUAUUCCGGCGUGCGAGUAAAUACUCCAUGCUAGAGGAUGCUAUCCGUGCCGUUGCACAGCAGGUCCUGGUAAUUGGCCAAGUCGCUAGGAGCUUCAAAGCACCUAACCAUCCUGGGUCAUCCAGCAGGGGGCAAGAUGAGAGGCGCCCACCACUCAUUCGAACACCUCUCACUAAGUCAUAUGAGAAACUGCUCCCUAUAAUCCGCAAUCUGCCCAGAUUUAGAUGGCCAGUACCAAUAAGAUCUAACCCCUCAGAAAGAGACCGCAACAAAAGAUGUGAUUACCAUAAAGAUCAUGGACACACAAUUGAAGCGUGCAUAAGCCUCCGUUACAUGGUAGAAGAUCUCCUAAAGGCAGGACAUUUGAAGCAGUACGUCCGAGCAAUGCCUAAAGGUGAAGGGUCUCCCCAUAGUCGAGGCCCAUGCGCCCCAGCAGCUCCUAUUAGAGCAAUGAUCAACUACAUAAACGGAGGACCCUUGGAUGACGAGUACAGUUCUAAACGGAAAAGGCAGAGAUUGCUGUGA